UUCAGCGCCUUGUCUCGGAAGAACUUCUCCGUGCUCCAGAAAAUAAUAUAUGUUAUAAAACCAGCAAAGCGCGCGAAUAUUUGACAGACUCACAAUGUCGAAAAGAAAGGGAUUGAGUGUGGAGGAAAAGCGUCAAGGAAUGAUGGAAUUUUUCUUUGAAAAGAAGGACUUUUUCCAGCUGAAGGAGCUGGAGAGGAUGUGCCAGAAGGAGAAGGGAAUCACAUCAAUGUCCGUGAAGGAGAUUCUGACGAGCCUCAUUGACGACGGAAUGGUCGACACCGACAAGAUAGGCACCUCCGUAUACUUCUGGGCCUUCCCAAGCAAGGCCAGCCAGAAUCGUCGCCGUAAGAUCGAUGACUUGAGUGUCAAGGUCAGCGAGGCAGAGACCAGGUGCUCAUCUCUGAGAGACGCCGUGGCACAGGCCCGUGUUGGCAAGGAACAGACGGAUGACCGGACAGAGCUGCUUACCCAGCUGAGCGAUGCUCAGUCAGAGAAGUCACGCCUGGAGAAGGAGUUAGAGCGUUACCGGGAGUGUGACCCCGAGGUCAUUGCAGAGGUCAAACAGCAGACGCAGGUCGCAAAGGAGGCAGCCAAUCGAUGGACAGAUAAUAUCUUCUCGACCAAGUCAUGGAUCAAGAACAAGUUCAGUUUUGAGGAGGCUGUAAUCAACAAACAAUUUGAGAUCCCAGAAGAUUUAGACUAUAUGGAAUGAACUAGAAUUAUUUCAAACCAAUAGGUUUUAAACUAAAUUCAGUUAGAGCCUCGUUUUUGGAAAACUGGGCUUAAGUGUUGUCCCAGAUUUGGCUGUGCAGUCCCCUUUUAUGGAUUUUUUUAUAUAAAAAAUUCAUGUUGUAAUGAAAUUCCAGUUUAGAUGGAAAGUGUAGUUCCUGAUAAGACUUUGCACGAGCUAAUCUGGGACGACACUUUACGCACAUACAUUAAGCCCUGUUUUCCCAGAGCACAAUUCAUUUUAUUCAAAUCAGUGAAAUAACAUACGAUAAUGUGCUUUAAGCAUUAUUGCUUUCUGAUCUAUGUUUUAUUAAAAAAGUCAAGUUGGUUGUUACUUUUGUCAUGGUGGAUUAUAUUAUGUGAAGAAUGGUAAGUGGACUCUUCAUUCAAGAGUUGCCAUCAUGAACUAGAUCACAAACUUCAUUAGUCACAUAUCUAAUAAACAAGUUCAUAGUACUUUGGUUACAUUUGGUCUCAAAACUAAUCUCAUUAUAUACACGUAUACAACCAAACAUAUUUCACUGUACAAAUUCACCGGUAAAACUGCGGCCGAUGCAAACAGUUUUGAUAAGUAAAUUUUUUUUAAUGUUUGGUCCUUGUUGAAGGUUAUGAAAAAAUGCUGUUAUAGCCAUUAUUAAGCAACCAUCACAUUUAUGGAUAUCGUUUUGUUUUGUUAUAAAUGUUAUAUAGAAUGCUUGUUAGCGAUGUAACUCUUUUAACCUGAGCUUGCAAAGCAAGUUGUAAAUACAUUCUUAUAAAAUGUA